CAAUAGACGCAAGUAGACGGCAGAACUGUUACUUUCAGUUUCAGCUGAUAAGUCAGCUAAAAUGAAGUUUUGUUUACUGUAAGCUCAAACCACGAAAUGAGUUUGCUAAUAUAUUUUACUGCCUUUAACGUAACGAAAGUGAAAAUUAAACAAUUGAAUUCCUAAUAAUGACCUUGACCUGUGUUCAAGAAUGCCUUCAGUCCUUCAAUGCUGCGGUGACAAAGAAAUGGGCUGGGAUGAGCGUCGCUAAAAUGAAUAAGUUAUCAAACGACCGACUAUAUUUCAAGGUCUUUAUUGACAGAAGCAAUUUUCUGUAGAUUGUUUAUGUUUAUUCGUUUCUAAACAGACAACUUGUAAAUUACGUUUCUGCAGUCAUGGAUGACAUUUGCAUCCCCAAGUCUCCUAUCCCAGAUAAGUGGGAUACCACUCGUAUGGAGAUUAUUAAAUUUAAAUACAUGUGGACAAUUAGUAAUUUUAGUUUCUUUUGGAAUAAUACACCAGGGGCAUACAUGGACUCUCCUGUUUUCUCAACAGGAGCAAAUGACAAGAUUAAAUGGCACUUGCGACUCUACCCCAAUGGCAAUUAUUACGCUUCAGAUUAUGGGAACAUAGCUCUCUAUUUGUAUCUCAAAUCAUGUGAUGCGCCUAGCAUUGAAGCCAAGUGUAAAUUCUCAAUCAUUAAUAAUAGGAGAGAGGAGACUAACGUAAAAAGCUCAAGAUACUGUCAUAGAUUUGUCAAAAUAAUUGAUUCCCAGCGCUUUACUGGGCUUGCCAACUUUAUAAGUCGUGAUUACGUUAUGGAUCAAUCAAAUGGAUUGUUGCCAAAUGACACACUUACAAUACUCUGUGAAAUUCGAGCUUGUAGAGGAAUAAUAAAUAUUUUAGGCCUAAGUAUAUCAGAGCAACUCAAAAUGCCUAGGAGUCAGCCCGAUGACUUUGGAGCACUGUUAGACAGUGAAGAGUUCAGCGAUGUUUCAAUUAUUGUGGGAUGUAGAGAAUUUAAAGUACAUAAAGCUAUACUAGCAGCACGAAGUCCAGUUUUCUUAGCUAUGUUUAAGCAUGAUAUGAAGGAAAAGAAUGAAAAUAUAGUAGAGAUUCGCGAUAUGGAUGAAAGAGUCAUGCGAGAAGUAUUGAGAUUUAUUUAUGCCGAGAGGGUGGAGAGAAUCCAAGAUAUGGCCAAUGACCUAUUGGCUGCUGCUGAAAAAUACUCAUUAGAGGGUUUAAAAAUCAUGUGCGAAGAAGCUCUGUGCGGAAAAUUAACUGUUAACAAUGCUGCUGAUGUCUUAGCUUUAGCUGACAUGUACAAUGCUGAUUGUUUGAAGACACAAGUCAUUCAUUUCCUUGUUGCGCAUGGUAAAGAUCCUUCGUUGUGGACACGCUAUCUCAAUGCUUCUACCAAGUCUCAGUCAAUGUUCGCUGGAUUUUCAGAUAUAUUAAGUAACUAUGUUAAAUUACUCAUAAUUUCUUCUUUAUGCGCAUUCAUUGCAAUUCUGUUAGUGCCAUACGUAUCUCUACUUGUUGAUCCCAUGUGCGAUGUAACUGCAAAAUUUUGUGCCCCCCACAAGGAUAUAGUAAUGGAUUCAGACACAGUCUCUACAGUCUUGAUGAAGAUGCAGAAAAGUGCAUCUUCCUUCAUGGAGGAUCUGUAUGCCUUCUUUUUGUAUUUCUUCAGACUGUUUCUGAAUUCCUUUGUCAAUCCUUUUUCUGUUGAAAAUGAAUUUCAAGGCGAGAAUUGAGCACUAGAUUUUUAAUUUAUAUUUUAACUCUGCAUACUUCAAUAAGCAAGUCUGUAAAAAUUAAACAAGACUAGAUUGCCUGAUAAUUUUUAAUCAAUUACAGUAUAACUCAAAGUAGUAUAUGUAUAUAUAGAAGUGUUUUGAUUUUGAAAGAGUAUUCAAACUUGUGCUCUAAUGAGGCUAAAUUUUACAAGCUAAGGAUGUGCUUAUUGGAAAUUGAAUUUCAAUGGUAAACGCACCAGUGCAUUAAUGGUAAAAUAGUGAUAAAUUAAAAAUAAACGAACAAAAAAUAGCGGUGAUAACUAUAAAGCAGGAUAUACCAUAGAAAGACAUAUUCUUAUAAAUAUAUUUCGAACUAUUUUUGUAGUUGCAUGUUUUAAAGAAAGUUUAUGAAAAAUACUUUUGAGCCACGGGUGCGCACUUCUUUUACCUGCCUAACUAUAUAAUCCAGAUACCUUAUCAGGUGUCUGUAUAAAUGUACGCACCCGGAGGUUCAAUCGGAUUAUAGAGCGUUUUAGUGUUAUAUUUUUCUCUGAAUAUUUUUUAAGAGGUAAAAAUUAUGAAAAAAGUACCUGUAUCUACCAAGUGAACGCGAUGAUUCGACACGUUCAGAAACGUCUAAUAUUUAUUGUCGUAUAUACAACUGUAUUUUUAACUAUAUUUGUCAAUUGUUUCUAUAUUUUAUGUCAAAAUUACAUAUCAAUGACAAAUCAUUAUUAUUAUUCCGACUUGUAACUAUGAUGUUACUUUUCACAUUAUUUUAUAAUUACGAUAUUUUCUACACGAUUUAUUGAUAAGUGCGAUUCCCAAAAGUCUCGCAUCUUUUACUUAUUGUCUCUUUUCUUUGAAAAAUUCUCGUGCAAUAUUUUAAGAUUAAUGUUAAAUGUUAACAGUUAGAUGAAUUAAUUCUAAAUAAGUAUAUUAUAUAUGAGGUCAUUAUAUUGCAUGCGAAAUUAUAAGAAUACACAAAGUUGUUGAUUUAAAAUUUUAAAGCACUAUAUUAUAUAAUAUAUUUUAAAAAUCGAAUCAAUUUUAUCUUUAUGUAAAAAGUUUCGAUCGAAGGAAAAGUUUAGCAAUAAAGCAAAAUGUUACCAAAAUAA